UUUGUAUGUUUGUUGACUUAAUUCUUGCGAGAAUUUAGUAUCUCUUAUUCUUUUAUAUCGCUUAUUUCUUCAUGCUCUGUCAGGCAUCAACCACUUUCUUAGCAAAGUUUUAUUUUUCUUCACCCAAUUUUUCACACCCAGCCUCCCAGAUUAAGUCACCACCUCCCAUCUAACAAAGUGAUUUAUUCUCCUUUCUCCUCCCCCCAACUGCAAAAAAUUCCUCAUUAAUUUUUCAAUUCUAAAUGCUAUCUUCCUAGGGAUCUUAAAAAGUGAUAAGAAACAAAUAGGUAUGCUUGCCAAAAUAGAUUGUACAAAUGUGAGCCUUCGUCACCUUGAUAAGCAAUUCCUUUUUCACCCAUCUAAUUUCUUUUGAAUGCUUUCAAUAAUAGAGUACCAAAAGCUUACUGAUAAAGUAUUCCUGGUAGAUAGUCACAAGUAGUUCAAAGGCCACCCAUCAACCUCACAACCUAACCUACCUGCAACCCUAUAUAACUUCUGUAACUUCUCUCCGUGUAUUAAUCCCUAACAACAUACUUAGACGCAUUGUGACAACAAUAUUUAAGGGGUUUGUAAUUUCAUUGAAGAUGACCUUUAAAUUCGUAAAUCAUCCAUCCAAACAUAAUUUUUUCUUGAGAAAUUUUAGAACGUCGCACAUUGUUAAAGUUAGGCAAUGAUGAUAUAACUUGUAAAGUGUUGUCAUGAUCUAAUCAAUCGGUAGAUGUUGUGGAUAGGGAACUAGAUUGGGGUAAACUAAUGCACUAGAUGGUGAAGAACUUCCACUUUCCAUUUUCACAGAAUACACCUCCUUCAACGUACCUUUUAGGGGGAAAAUUGUUUCUUGCUUUCCAAGAAGUUUAUAUGGGAAAAAGUUUUUAAUUUGUGCUAUAGUAUUUAGCUAUGUACAUGUUUUUUGUAAUUUUCCGGUCCCCUUGCCCGUGUGAAAACAUUUUAUAAAGUAGAUUGACUUUACUCCUUUCUAAUGUGCCAAGUUCUAGCACUAAUCAUUUGACCACGGGGCAAGCAAGAUGUGUGUUUUCAUUGCGCUUUGUUCUAUCGACACUUAUUGAUAUUAUUAUUAGUGUCUCUUUUGGAAGACUAAUAAAUAUGGCAGCUUUGCUCCAUAGCUGAAAGGUGUUGGGAGGGACCUAUGAAACAUUGAUACUUUGCUAUGGCUGGCUUAUCCGUAUAGGGCAAUACACGUCAGAUAUUCAAGGAUACAUAUCGGAUACGGCUCCUAAGUAUUCAAUAAUAAUAAAAUAUGUGGAUAGUUAGGGGAAUGUUUGUAUUAGGGCAAUAUAUUUAAUUUUUAGAUUUAAUCUUUAUCAUCUCCUUUCGAAGCCACAUACAAUGCAAUAUAUCAAUAGAAAUUCAUACGACUUUAAAGAAACAAGGGUGUUUAAGGAUUAUUUACUAUUACAUGUCAAAUUUUUUAUACUCUAACCUUAGCAAUAAAUACUUCUAAGUAUACCAACUAAGUAAAUAUUGGUUUUGAUUUUUUUAAUUAGUCACUUUCACUUUGUAAAUAUACCAUAAUUUGACGAUAUAUACUAUUUUAAAGUACAAUUUUUUUUGUUAGUUUUGCCUAUUAUUGUUAAGGAAUUACUAAAAUAUAUAAUUUGUAAGUCAUUAGUUAAUAGUAAAAAUAUAAAAUAUAUUUUAUUACAGACGUAUCAUAGUUGUUGCGGUAUCCUAUUUUUUAUUUUAUUUUAUUAGUAUCGACGUAUCCGUAUUGUAUCAUACUUGUAUCUGUAGUGGUGCUUCAUAGGGAGGGACCUAGCCCUUAGGUUUGGACGGAGUUGUUGAUGUGUACCACUAUUAGGAUGAAGUGCAGUCUCCAAAUGUGUCCAUCAGCACAAUUAGCUUUCUUUCAUUCUGAGAAAUACUUGUGGUUCAAGAACCAGGCAUCAGUGGUUGUAUUUGACUUCCACAGUUGCUAUUUAUUCCCACUUCUUUAGUUUUGAUGGUUGUACUCUGGCUGACCCGUGCCAAUUGAUGUUGCUGUUAACUGUUAAUGCAGUUAUGUUGGGUUGUAAAGCGAUAAGGAAGGUUUUCCAGACUAAGCUUCAUAUUUUAUUGCGGAUUGUGAAAGGUUAACCCUCUAUAGUUAUCAACAAGAUAUAUUCCAGCUCAAAGCCUUUGAGAUCUGCUCACUGGAUUCUCCUCUUUUUUCUUCUUCCCCCUCUUCCCCUCUUGGCUUUUGGGUGUUAAAUAACAGGAUACCUGUUUUUAGUGAAACAAUAGAUGUCAAUUUUGAUUAUCAUGAUGAAAUAUUGAACAACCAUUCUUUUGCUAUCCAAUGUAAAAUAACAGCCACUUUCCCCUUGCCCGUCAUUCCCUCUUAGGUUUUGGGUGUCGAUCUUCUGAGUUCUUUCUUAGUUUUUGACAGGAUUUCUGUUUUUGGUAAAAAAUGUAUGAUGUUAAAGAAGUCCGCACAAAAAAUGAAUGAAAUUGUAGCCUGCAAAUUCCCUAGGAAGUUCGAUUGUUAUUUUACUUUGGAUGGCAACUGGAGACUUUUGUUUCAGUAUUUUGCACCGUAUUAUUCUUAUUCCAGUGCCAUGAUAUCCUUAUGCAACACCUAUUCUUGUGCUGUAGUGCCAAUGAGAGCAUCACUGUAUAUGCCUGUGAUUGCAGCAGCGAGGCCCUUGAGUGGGCUAAAGAAAUGAUUAAUGCUGCUGAUGGAAUCUCUGCUAAAAAUCUCUUCCAUCCAUUCCAAUGUGAUUUUUCUAGAAGUGGGGUACCAAAAUGGUUAGCAUGUGAUACUUGUCGACAAAUUUUUUCACAUACGCAACAUGCUUGCAUUUCAGAUAUUAAUAAGAAUAGAAGAAGAGAUUUAAAUGAUUUAACUUUCUUGAAGGAAACUAGCUGCUGCAUUGGUGGGGUUGAUUUUGUUACCUUGAUAUUCACUCUAUCAGCAAUACCACUCCUUGAGAUGCCAGCAGCCAUUGCAGAGUGCUUCUUUGUCUUAAAGCCUGGCGGCCUGCUCUUAUUCAGGGAUUAUGGUACUGGCCCAACAAAAUGUGAUCGGAGUCCAUAUAGAAACUUUCAAUUCAUGGAAAUUUUGGUUUUUGAUUUUUUAUUCAUUUGUUAUUACUGGUUUGAUUUUCUUUCCAGCAUCUGCUGAAAUCUAUUUUGUAUUAUAAUAUUUAGGCCUUUAUGACAUGACUAUGCU